AUGAAGGUAACAGUGACGCUGGAAGCGAGAGCAACUGCGACGGAAGAUCACAUCGUCAAAUGCGCGUACGGAAAGAAUAGCAAUCCAGCACACCAAACCGUCACGCUGAGUCCGGAGAAGAACAGCUUCACUCUGGUGUGUGGCGACCAGGGAGACGUUCUCCCGACAAAUCACAAAGAGGAGUACUGCGUGAGUGACACCGGAAGCGACGAAGUAGAGUCCUGCACUGGAGCGUACGAAGGCAUUUUCGCGAACUACGAAGCGACCUGGUGGGCGGCAACCACAGACAUCAAGGAGUACAAGUUCACGAUUCCAGAUGGGCAGUUCCCAGCCGAGGCACAGAUGAUUACGGUUGGCUGCCAGAACACAGCCGUUGAGCCCGGAACACAGCCGAAGGAAGUCGGUGAAAAGGAUUCGAGUGUGUGCAGCGUUGACGUGAGGAUUGUCGCAUCCGCAGCCUCAUCUGCCGCAUUGACAAGUGGAAUGGCCGUUACGUUGUUGUCGUUGGCAGCAUUUUUCUCCACACCUCUACUAAAAAUCGGAGUCCGAAUGGGACUACGAGUGAUUUUGGUUUUUGUGAGCGCGUUCCUGCUUUUAGACUCUCUACCCUUUUCCGGGUGCGUCCGAGCUGUGGCUGACGAACCAACGGACCCAGCCUGUGUGAUUGCCGGGGCUGUGACCAAGUGCACUUGCACAAGCAAGGAGGUGACUAACAAGGAUCUCACAGCAACCCUGUCUCAAGAGAAAAACGUCCUUGAAAUUGGCUGCAAUAAACGUGAGCUCAAGUGCGUUCCUGCUGAGCUGAAUGGAAAACUGGUCUGUCCAUCAACCACAGCGGAGUUGAAAAGCUGCAAAAGCGGAGAAACAAGAACCACUGUUCAGCCGUUCGACAUCAACACCCUUCUCAGUGGUACCUCACCCAAAGUAUCCUGGCAGUCUUGUGAGGGCAAUGGUGAUGGUACAUGCACCACUAAGCAGCUGACGAUUCCCCCUGCUAAUUUCCCUUUUGUCGACCACAAGUUCAUGGUCGGUUGCGUCGAAGCAGAGACAACAGAUACAAUGAAGGUGACAGUGACGCUGGAAGCGAGGCCGAGUGAGACGGAAGAUCACAUCGUCAGAUGUGCCUAUGGAAAGAACAGCAAUAAUGCACACCAAACGGUCACACUGACUCCGGAGAAGAACAGCUUCACUCUGGUAUGCGGUAACGAGGGAGAAGUACUGCCGACAACCUACGAAACAAACUACUGCCUCACGCAAGAGGGAAACGACGCGGGUGCCCAGUGCACGGGAGCGUACGGAGGCAUUUUCCCGAAUUACGAAGAGACAUGGUGGACGACAACCCCACACACCAACGAGUACAAGUUCACGAUUCCAGAAGGGCAAUUCCCGGCAGAGGAACAGAAGAUCACUGUUGGCUGUCAAAAGAAGGCCACUGCUGAGCCGGGAAAACAGAGGACGGAGAGCGAAGAAAAGGAUUCGAGUGUGUGCAGUGUUGACGUGACUAUUGUGGCAUCUGCAGCUUCAUCUGCAGCGUUGACGAGUGGCCUGGCUGUUACGUUGGUGUCGAUUGCGGGAAUGGUCUACGCAACUGUUUUCUAA